UGUGCUGGAGCAGGACUGGGAAACACUGCAAUACCUAGAGGAAACUGUAUUGUGUUACUGCACAACAUUGUUUUUGUUUUACUCUGGGAAUUUUUCUUAAAAUAGACAAUAGUCUAAAGAGAAAACGCAAUACACCACCUUGCUUGUUGUAUCCCAGAAUGUCUGGAGAGAAAAUGGGGCAAUGUUACUUUUCCACAGGUGCUACCGUGCUAGUCCUUCUCAGAGCGUAAAUUGGGAGUGAAGGGAAGGAAAGGGAGGCGAGACUACAGGGAGACAGCGAGGUGACUUUGAUCACGCGGAGACUCGGGGAGAGGCAAAGGGUUCAGACGGGAGCAGAUGGAGGGGUGAAGUGUGAGGAAUGUGAGAUGGAAGGUCAGACGGUGAUAAAGGAGCCGAGGAGAUGAGGAGGAGGGAGGAGUGGACAGAGACAGAAAGCAAACGCUCACAUUAUGAUUUCUUAUUCCUUUUUUUUUUCCAUUUCACGUGGGACGCCGUAAAAGACAUGUAUCUGUGUUUUAGAUGCAACAUAUAUAUAUAUAUGUGUUGCGUGUACACAAAUUGCUGCGAGGAAACUGAAGGAGAUAAGAGACUGCAGAGAAUAUUUUCAGAGCAGCCGCCUGGAGUGAUGAUCAAAGAAAACACAAACACACACACACACACACAGAUAGAGAGAGCGAGAGAGAGAGAGAGAUCUUCUACUUUUGAAGAGCAAAGAAACUGCCUUCAGCAGUAAAGCAUCUCCAGUGCUGUUCCCAGGAUUGACAAAACGAGAACAUGGCUGACCUGUAACAACACAUAUACAUCCAGACACAUUAUUUCCACAGAUCCUCAGCAGCGGCGGCUGCCUGUGUGACUCCUCAAAUGUCGUCACAGGUAAUAUGUGCAGCAUGCUUAGCUGCACCGAGCCCUGGUGGGGUUUUUAUUGUGCUGAGCACGUGUGCUCAUGAAACCGUCCUCCAGUCGGUAUAACGUCCAUAAGUGCACCACAUUCACUGUGUGGUCAGAGACACGUGCGACGGCACCAGGAGUUUACGACCUGUGUCUGACACACACACACACACGGAGAGGUCACUCAUUUUAGCAACACAAUCACCUCCACACAUUGUGUGAUCUUAAAGGGGUAAAGCUAGCUAUGCGUAGAAGUGAAUGCCGGUCACACCUUGCAAGGAAUGUUUUGCUUUAAGCUGCUUGAACAUUUAAUAGCUCAGCCCUAGAACAGGGCUUGGCGAGGAAACUCACCCCCUCUGUAGAUUUUUAAAGAGGGCUGUAAAAAGUUUGUAGUUUGUCCGUUCUGGAGAGCAGAGGAUGUGGUUCGAGUUGACAUGUUCUUAUGUCACGGCCACAACAUUUAAAGACACUUUCAAAUGUUACAUCAUCUCCUCCACUGUCUAUUUAAUCUGGAAUGUACUACAUUACUCUUAUGCAACACUGAGUGUCUCUUUAAACCUGUUAUGGUCUGGCCCAGGUCCAGACUCUUUUCAGCAUUCUGCUGCCUGAAUGGCAGUAAAUGUUGCUGUAUCUGUGCACAAACACGUGUGUGCAUGUAUUGCACCAGCUGUGUGCUGGUUGUUGUGUUGAUGCCAGAUCGACUUCAUUCAGCUGCUUCUCAGCAAACAUGUUAUCUGUGCCCAUCUUAAGGGAAGAUGGAUCGCGCCCAUAAGGCUCUGACUGGUCCAGGCUUCGGGUUAACCUCGCCUCUGAAGAGGAAGACCAGUUCCUGUGGAGUCUGUCAACGCGGGUUCAACUCUGAGGUGCAGGCGUCGUUGCAUUGCAGCGGCGCCAAACGUGCAAAAAUGCUGAAAGCUGCGGAUGCCCCGGAUUCAAAGAUCAGGACCUCUGAACCUGUCGUCAAGGAAACCACGACGCAAAUCCUCUCGCCGCCCUGCUCACAUCCCCCCAGCUCUGACACAGCAUCAGGAGAACCCUCAGUCCUCAGCCCGACUGCCGAGGUGGCACCUCUGUGCAGCGGCCCUACUGAAACUGUGAAAGCGCCGUCUGACACCUCCCUGUCACUCAGCCCCGGGAUGUCAGAGAGGGAGACACAAAGAGAUGACGACGUGGAGGCUGUUCCAGAGGAGGAGACCGAAGAGGAGAAAGCGAUACGUCUUCUCUACUGCUCCCUCUGCAAGGUGGCCGUCAACUCUGCCUCGCAGUUGCAGGCCCACAACAGUGGUACCAAGCAUAAGACCAUGCUGGAGGCACGAAGUGGCGAUGGAGCCAUCAAGUCCUUUCCGAGGACGGGGGUCAAAGCCAAGUUGGCCGCGCUGUCUGAGUCGCCAACUGGACUCCAGAACAAAACUUUCCACUGUGAGAUCUGCAAUGUGCAUGUCAACUCCGAGACUCAGCUCAAACAGCACAUCAGCAGCAGGAGACACAAGGACAGAGCUGCAGGUAAACCAGCCAAACCCAAGUUCAGUCCCUACACUCCCACCCAGCGUCAACAGAGUUUCCAGGCAAUUCGAUUGUCUCUACGGAAGAAACAAGACCUGACCGAACCUCUGGGCUCGUGUCUUCUACAGCGUCAACUUUUUGUUGCUGCUGCCGCCGCCAUGGCAACGCUGGCCCCCUUCCCUCUCCGGUCCGCCUCGAACUCGAGCCCUGCCCUUUUUCAGAGUCAGCCCCUCCCGCAGGCGCUUCUACAUCCAGCCCCUGGACCCAUCUGCUCAACACACCCGCCAGUCCUGUUUUCUCCCUACUGACCAUGCCAGUGUCUCCUUCAGCUCGGAACUACAGGUGAAAACAGACCUGAGACCUGAACAGAUGUGAAAUCACUGAAGUCCACGGUACAACAGAGACUGUUGGGCGUCAGGGACCAGGACUGAAGACUGGAACAAAACAAGAGUGUUGGAUGGAGGAAGCGAGGAAACAAUAAAUGAGUGAACACAAGUCUUUUCUGAUGUGAGUGUGUGAAUGUGUGCGCACAGAUGUCGUCGCAGCUUCAUGCAGGUGUUAGUGCUCUGUUCCAUUAACUCUUACAGUAUAAAGAUGAACUUGAAUUGUGAACCUCCAUGAUGACUGAAGUUCAUCCAUCCAUCAAUCCAUCCAUCCAUCUUCUACCGCUUUAUCCUCCACAUGAGGGUCACAGGGGGGGCGCUGGUGCCAAGUCACACCCUGGACAGGUCGCCAGCCAAUCACGGGGCAAGCUGUGUUCACAUAUGCAUAUCAUUAUGAAUGAGCAUAUGAAUGCCAAUCAAAGCAUGCUUGACUAAAGAUGUGUAUUAUUUUACAAUAAAGGAAAGAUGUGGAUACUCA